GUGCAGCCUGAUUCGAUGUGUAUGCCGUGCCGUGUACAAUUGUACAAGUGACCGCCACGUCCCUUGUCUUGGUCCGACCAACUCUCGUCUGCUCUCUUGUUUAUAACAAUAAUAAUUCAACUCUCGCGCGUCGUACAUAGAUUAUCAGCGUCGAAUUUGAGCCCUUGAAAAGAUGUCGAGUUGCCGUAUACUCCAGAAGUCUGCAGUUUCCUCCUCGUGUUCUACACCUACUCACCACCGACUUGUUUCGGCUUUCGAGUUGCAGUCGGCCUCCGUUAAUGCUUGCCCGCAUAUAUCUACGUAACCUAACGUUCUUGUGUUUGCGCUGUUAGUAAAGACAGUAAUUUGCCGAGCAACUACAAUUUAGUCCAACAGCAAUUCAGUCAAGAUGGCGCACAAUUUAACACCAAGUGUUAAUUGCUCACUUGAUGACAUUGAUUUAAAUGCCCUCAAGGACCCAGCUGGUAUCUUCGAACUUAUUGAAGUUGUUGGAAAUGGCACCUAUGGGCAAGUUUACAAGGGUCGACAUACGAAAACUGGGCAACUGGCUGCUAUCAAAGUCAUGGAUGUUACUGAGGAUGAAGAGGAGGAAAUCAAACUGGAAAUCAACGUGCUCAAAAGGUACUCGAACCAUAGAAAUAUUGCUACCUAUUAUGGAGCUUUUAUUAAAAAAUCUCCACCUGGAAAAGAUGAUCAAUUAUGGUUGGUUAUGGAAUACUGUGGUGCUGGCUCUGUAACUGAUCUUGUAAAAUCAACAAAAGGCCAAAGUCUUAAAGAAGAAUGGAUAGCGUACAUAUCAAGAGAAAUCCUUCGGGGUCUCAGCUAUCUCCACAGCAACAAAGUAAUUCAUCGUGAUAUUAAAGGACAAAACGUUUUAUUGACCGAUAAUGCAGAAGUCAAGCUAGUUGAUUUUGGAGUUAGCGCUCAACUGGACAGAACAAUUGGUCGCAGGAAUACCUUUAUUGGAACACCAUAUUGGAUGGCACCUGAAGUAAUUGCAUGCGAUGAGAACCCUGAAGCAACUUAUGACAAUAGGAGUGAUCUUUGGUCACUUGGUAUUACAGCAUUGGAAAUGGCAGAAUCACAGCCGCCGCUCUGUGAUUUGCAUCCUAUGAGAGCCUUAUUUUUGAUCCCUCGAAAUCCUCCACCAAGACUAAAGUCGAAAAAAUGGGCCAAGAAAUUUCAUGGUUUUAUCGAGACUGUUUUAGUUAAGGAUUAUCAUCAGCGGCCAUACACCGAACAAUUGCUGAAGCAUCCAUUUAUCCGCGAUCAACCUACUGAAAGACAAGUUAGGAUUCAGUUAAAAGAUCAUAUUGAUCGAUGCAAAAAGCGAAAGCAAGAGAAAGAACGAGAUGAUUACCGGUACAGCGGUAGCGAGAACGAAGAUGAUGAGCCAGCUGUGGCGGGUGAGCCAUCUUCGAUCAUUCAAGCUCCCGGUGGCGAUACCUUGCGUCGCAAUUUCCAGCAAAUACAAGAAGGCAGGACGCUGUCACAAGAAGUUUCUCCGCACAAUGCAGCGGCUAAAGAUAACAAGCAAAUUCCUAGUCGAGCUAAAGAGUCAGAAGCUGGACAGCAUAACAGGCCUUCUGUGCCACAUAGACUGAUCGUCGUACCAGAUCCGCAUCCUCCCUCACGACCACUGCCUCCUACACCUAAGGACGACCCGCGACAAUCGCACAAAGCUCCAACACCACCCUCCAACCAUCAAGUCAGUGGUGGAGCUAGUGGUGGAUCGGUUAGCGUACCAGUAUCUCAGAGAAAUAGCCAUGUUUUCAAACCUAUGGCUUUGAUGAUUGAAAGCGAUAGCGAUGAUGAUAUGGAAGAUGUUAGCGGUAACAGCAAUAGAAACGACGGCACUCUACUUGCCAGCGAUCCGCCAAAACCAUUGCCGCAGUUAGAUUGUUCUUCGUCUUCAUCUCAGAAUCACAACUCUCAUCACGAAGCUGGUGCUCCUAAUCGACCUCUGCCUCCGACCCCAGAUGAAGAAGAAAGCUGUGAUCAUACCUUGGUAAUGAAACGGAAUCGAGAGGCAGAUCGCAGCAGAGCUCCUGGCACAACCAGUGGGGACUUUCAAAGAUUGGAUUCUCCUGGUUCUAGGACAAGUUCAGUACUUCCAGACCUUCUCACUUCAUCUCCUGGCCAGCGUCAAGAUAAGACCAUAAGCGACGAGUACCGCCAAGCCGUGAAAUCUCCUCCAUUGGCACUUCAGCAAAAACAGAGAUCAUUCUUGACCUUCGGUUUUGGAGCUGGACCACCGCGACGAGAAUCUCACGUCAACGUCAAUGUUACACCUACUAGCCAUGAUUUAACAUCUGAUACUCCAGAAAUACGAAAGUACAAGAAACGCUUUAAUAGUGAAAUUCUUUGCGCUGCAUUGUGGGGUGUCAAUUUGCUUAUUGGAACUGAAAAUGGUCUCAUGCUUUUGGACAGAAGUGGACAAGGCAAAGUCUAUCAAUUGAUUAGUAGGAGACGCUUCCAGCAAAUGGAAGUGUUGGAAGGACAAAAUAUUCUUGUAACCAUCAGUGGAAAGAAAAAUAGAGUACGUGUUUACUAUCUUUCAUGGCUAAAGAGUAAGAUUUUGCGAACGGAUGGUCACAGUGAACAAGUUGAACGACGCAAUGGCUGGAUUAAUGUGGGAGAUCUGCAGGGUGCUGUGCAUUUCAAGAUAGUGAAGUACGAGAGAAUCAAAUUUCUUGUCAUUGCACUAAAAGAAUCUAUAGAGAUUUAUGCCUGGGCUCCAAAGCCUUAUCACAAGUUCAUGGCAUUCAAGUCUUUUGGAGAACUGGCUCAUAGGCCACUUUUGGUCGAUCUCACGGUAGAAGAGGGAACUAGAUUGAAAGUCAUUUAUGGAAGUACUGAUGGUUUUCAUGCAGUUGAUUUAGACUCUGCUACUGUUUAUGAUAUAUAUUUACCUAAACAUACACAAGGGCCAAUUUGUCCUCACUGUAUUGUAGCUUUACCAAAUAGUAAUGGUAUGCAACUUCUUCUCUGUUAUGAUAACGAAGGUGUGUAUGUCAACACGUAUGGAAGAGUGUCCAAAACUAUGGUGUUGCAAUGGGGAGAAAUGCCUACUAGUGUGGCAUAUAUUGGCAUUGGGCAAAUCAUGGGAUGGGGCAAUAAGGCAAUUGAGAUUAGAAGUGUAGAGAGUGGCCAUUUGGAUGGCGUUUUCAUGCAUAAAAAAGCUCAACGUCUGAAAUUCCUUUGUGAACGCAAUGACAAGGUCUUUUUCUCAUCAGCCAAAGGUGGAAGCUCUUGUCAAAUAUAUUUUAUGACGCUGAACAAGCCUGGAAUGGCCAAUUGGUGAUUGAUAUUCUGUUGUUUCUGGUUAUCAGUAAAUGGCCAAACCUUCAUGAAUAUAUGUAUAUCCAUUUAAAUAAACUCCCAAUGGAAUGUACACAGUGGAGAAUUCGAAUGACAUCAUGGAAUGGAUUACAUACUAAUAUUCAGCAAAAUUGAACUAGCAAAAAGUAGCUAGUGAAAUAUAGUGGAUAUUUUAUACUUGGUAAUGAAGGCACAAUCUAAAACUUGUUAAGAACUAACACUUUUCAGCUCAUUGCAACUAUGAUUGAAUCAAGGAUAGACUUUGUUUCUAAUAUUUUGGAUUGCUUAGAUUGAUGCAUUUUAUACGGAUUAUGAUUGAAUGAAGUUAAUCAUUGAUAGCAUCAAAAAUUGUGUAUUUGACUCAUCGUCAUUAGGUUGAAUGCCACAGUUUUUUAAUUAAUCAAGAACAAUUUCGACUGGUAGUUCAGAUUUAGAGGCAGCUUUUCAUGCAUAAAUUAUCGUCUCUCGUAAAAAAAUUAUAGAAUCGAAGAAAUAAAUGGAUUAUUCAAAAAUAAUUACCAAGUUGAAUGAAUUUUGAAAAUACUUUUCAAUGGUACACUACUUCCCAAUGUCAAAUGAAACUGUAUUAAACCUAUACAGAAGCUAAAGAAGAUCUCUAAUGCUAAGCGAGUAUGGGAUUUGAUGUUUUAAAGGGUAUGUAAGUAACCAUAUUAAUUUUACUUUUGAAUUCUAAAGUUGCUGUAAUUUUAUUUAAUGCAGUACUUACAAAUUUAACAAGCAUUUUAUAGUAUCAAAAUGUUAUACAUAAGCAAUAGCUGAAAUUCUAAUGAAUCAUGUUACUUUUUAAUUCUAAUCAAUAUGUUACUAUAAAGUCAAUAAUUUCAAAAUUGCAAAAAUUGAAGUAACAUGUAAAAAAUUCAACAAUGUAAAUAACUUUAAUUUCUAAGAGUCUAACUUCAAACUUUUUUCAAUAGGAACAUAUAUUUCGAAAAAUACAAUAAUAUGCCUCAAAACAUGCAAAUUCGUUCAAAAGAAUUUUUUGUUGUAAGAGAAGUGCUUAUAAUACAAAUCGAUAAAAAAUUGUAUAAAAUCUUUUGUUUAUUAAUUAUAUAUAACUGCCAGCAGAAAAAUCUUGAAUUUUACAGAAUACAAUAUCGAAAAGCACGAAUGUAUAUUUUAAUGCUGAAAUAUUUACGUUUAGCUAUAAGAACAAGUAAUAAUCAAUUUUGAACAAUUAUUUUAUAAAGUAAUAAACUUUAUAUCUUUAGGAAUAUUAUUCCAUCAAAAAAAGAUCCUUGUAACGACGUAAUUUAAGCAUAGAACAUUUUUUAAAUUUAUUACUUUAAUUUUAUAUUAUGCGAUUCUAUUUACAAACAAAAAUUGCAAUCUAGACUAAAUAUUGUAAAAGAAACUUAUAAUUUAGUAUUAUUUUGUAAUCCACACAAUUUUAUAAUUCUUUUUAUAUUUCAUAUUAUAUUACAAGCCCACUUUUAUAAAUCUUUGUAUAAAUCAAACUUUUGUAAACUUGUAAUUUUAAGCAUAUUCUAAGCGAUAUUUUGUUGUAAUAAUUUUAAGAACAUGAUAAAGUAACCUUUAUACACCCUAGUGUAAACGAAACUUAUUAAGCAUUUGUAAUAUGAUUUAUAAAGACAAAAAAAGGCAUCAUAAAAAAAAUAUGUAAUUUUAGAUACACAAUUUUCUAAACGAAACUUUUAUAACUUCAUAAAAGCAAAUCCAUGUAAUCUUAACUAUAAAACAUUUAUCACAGUAAGAAUAAGGAAGAAACUCAUCUAAACACAAUAUAUACUGAAUUCCAUAAACUUUUGUAAUGACAGCUUUAAAUAUUAUAAAUUUUAAUGUAAAAUACUUGUUAAAAGUUUAAAAUGUAAAUGUUAGUAACUAAAGGUAGAGCAUUAGGCAGGCAUAUUGUGUCGGAAUCUUUGAGAUUUCCUAAAGCGAAACCAUAGCCCUGGGAAAGGGAAACAGUGUAGACACGAAUUGGCCCGAGCUGUAUAAUCGAGCCCAUUAGCUAUAACUAUUCUAGCAGAUUGGUUCAUUUUUAGUCAACGUUCGAGCCAGUUCGCAAGUUAGAGGAAAAUUCGUGUCUGUAGAUCGAUUUUUGAUGCUUAGCUGCUUUUGAAGUUUGUCAAAAAGGAGAUCUCAAAUCUUUCAUUGUUCUCAGUAAAAAACUAAUGUAAUUAUUAACAAUUAUUUAACAACACCGAAAAGCUUUAUUCUUAAAAUAAAUGAACAUUUUGAUUUUUAAUAAAAGUGUAAGUGUUUUGAAAAGUAUUAAUAAAAUGAUUUCACUUUAUAAAGCAGUAUUACAAGUUUGUCUAGAGAUUAACAAAUUUCAAUUGUGAAAUUCAUCAGCUAAUUAUUUGUAUUUGUAUGACAACUAUUAAUUUUUUUGUAAAAAUCAAAUGUUUGUGUUAGGUUUGUUAAAAUUUAUUUGAUGUGCUCUCUAUUAUAUCUUUGUUUACGUAUAUACGUUGAUUGAUUCACUAUUAACGUUGUCUUCGUAUUAUUAUAGAUUAAAGCUUUGAACAAUGAAUACCCUUUGUCUUCUAAAUUUCUGACUGAGUAUACUUGCAAGAUUUGAAAAUUUCCUUUUUUAUUCCGACGCGACACGUUUAACGUUAUAAUUAUCUGUGCUAAACUUAUUUGUGUAACCACUUCAACAUUUUCUGAUUCAUUUCGUGAUACUAUCUAUCAUUUGUAUUAUCGUUUGUUUUGUCAAAAUUGUGGAAAUGACUUUAUAUACAUUUUUGUUUCAAUAAAACCUAGUUAAGUGUUAAAACGA